AUGGAUAAAACAGACGACAGCCUCUGCGCGCAGUGCAAGACCCUGCCAACCCUUCGAGAACUCAGAGACACCUACACUCUGCACGAGACCUUUCACGAAUUCCAGUCAUGCCGCUGUUCGUUCUGCAGCUGGCUCUACAGAGUGCUUCUGGAAGAUGUCAAACUCGACUACGACAGAAUGGCUGCCUCCGACUCGCCUGUUGAGUUGUACGCGUCUCUGGACCAAGCCUCGAAUUUCGAGUUGCCAGCUCUCAGUGUCAGGAUGGACACUUAUGGCGCUGAGCUGUUUGUGCUCGCACGGCCAGAAAACCCAGCGGCCGAGUACAUCAGCGGCCGGAUUAUUGAGCGUGACUCAUCGUCCAACGACGCAAUCAACCUUGUCAAAUCCUGGGCUGCGCGCUGUCAAAAUACCCACCCGGAGUGCAUCUCAACAGGCGACUUCGCGCUGCCCACCUACCUGGUUGACCUGGAAGGAGGAAGCAGGGGAAGAAGAAACCUGCGUGUGAUCCAGACAAGUGCAGACCAACCCGAUCGAAAAUACAUCACUCUAAGCUACGUCUGGGGCGUAGCAGCGCAGCCCGUAAUGCUAACCCAAGCCACCAAGACCAGUCUAAUGGAAAGCAUCCCCGAAACCAGCCUACCCCAAACUCACCGCGACGCAAUCCAGGUUGCGCGCUGGCUGGGUAUACGCUAUCUCUGGAUCGAUGCGCUGUGCAUCAUCCAGGAUGGCAACAAGGAGGACAAAAUGAAAGAAAUAGCCCGCAUGGAUCGGAUCUUUGGGAAUUCCUAUCUCACCAUUCAGGCUACUCGAGCCGGGUCCGUACAUGACGGGUUUCUGGGGCCGAUCAAAAGCCCCAGUACGGCACCGGAGAUCCCGUACCCUCUCAUCAGGGCCCCGGAUCGGGUGUUCCUGCACACGAGGCCCAUGGGCACGACAUAUGGACCGGGAGAUGCGAGAGCGUGGUGCUACGAGGAGAGGAUCCUGCCGCGCCGAGUCCUUGUCUACGGUGACAAGACGCUCGAGUUUCGAUGCAUCAAUUCCCGAUACGACGAUUUUGGGCGGGUGUCCAAUUUCACAACGCAGGGUCCGGCGUCGUUCUGGAGACCCAAGCCAUGGUAUGAAAAUACUUCUGUGCCGAGGGCAGCGAGGUCCAAGGAUCCGGUAUUGGAUAAAUUGAAGCUCUGGUAUUGGAUGCUGGAUAUGAAUUACACGCCUCGUCUACUGACGAAGUCUGGCGAUCGUUUACUUGCUAUCGGCGGUAUUGUGCGACAGCUGCUAGAAUGCAUUCCUGGCCCUUAUAUUGCUGGGUUGUGGCAGGUGGAUUUGCCAUGGGGCUUGUUAUGGCAGUGUCGUCGCGGCAUGACGAACCAGGUCUUGGGCCCCGAGGUUCUGAGGGCUACCGGCUACUUGGACAGGCCUACGGGGAUGUCGAUGACUCGUCCAGAGGAUUAUAAGCAGCAGCAACAGAGAGCCCCCUCGUGGUCCUGGGCAGCAUUGGAUGGAGGCACCCAUCAUCCAUCAAUUGCGCAGAGAUAUGCCCUUGAUUCAAAACGGUAUACGAGCAGCAUUAAGCGACGAGUCUUUGCCAAGUUCGAACGAAUACCGCAUACACUUGGUGGAGAAAGUGACUUGAGAGGCCUGGGGGAGCUCGAAGAGGAUGCAACUCUACGCAUUUCUGCUCCGCUAUAUACGAUGGAUAUAGUAUACAAGGAUGACGAAAGGUGGAAGGGGUUUGAUCAGCGAAUAGGACGUGGGAACUGGAGAUCAAGGCCUUACAUGAUUCUCCAUUCUGUGGUGGGUGGCAAUGCAGACAUUGAAACCAGGUGGGAAAACGUACCGAUAGGUGCUGUGCAGCUGGAUCUCAGCGAAGACGACGAAAGGCCCGAGAGAGUUUGGUGUCUUCUCAUGGUGGAGGGGAUUGGACUUAUUUUGGACUGCGUUGAUGCAGCGAAGAAGGUUUUUGUUCGAAAGGGUGUUUUUUUCACGACUAGUCUUUGGCCAACUGAGUUGAACGAUAUAGAUCCAGUGUCUGUUUGCAUUAUUUAA